AUGGCCAUCACUCUCCCAAAAGGCCUCCUCGCCGACGCCCGCCACAUCCGCGCCGCCGUCGGCUUCACCCAGAACCACACGUUCCUCCUGAGCAUCACGGCGGCGCCCGGCGAGUGCUUCUGGUACACCGCGGACGAGCUCUACCGCGUGGGGGUCCAGAUGCGCCUGUACGCGAUCGUGCCGGCGGGCGCGCUGGCGUGCGCGCAGUUCGCGCCCAAGAUUCGUCACCAGUGGACGCUGGCGCACCGCGUCAACGUGUACCUGGUGCUUCUGCUGAGCCUCACCGGGACGGCAGGGGCGGUGGUGAUUGCGCCGGUGGCGUUUGGGGGAGGGGGGGACUUGUGCGUCAGGGGCCAGAUUGGCGCGAUCGCGGUCAUGUUCCUGGGCAGCCUGGCGGUGGCGUGGUACUUCAUCAGCAGGAGGAGGAGGAGGAUCGACCAGCACCGCGCGUGGAUGCUGCGAGCUUGGUUCUACGCAAGUCAUCCUGAAAGACCGUUCGCUGGAAGCAUCGUCACGGUCAAGCUCGUCAUGUCCAUCGCGGCGAGGAUCGUGUCGUCGGGCGACGGAAAGGGCGGCUAUUACGCGGCGAUGCCGUGUCGUCAGCUGGAGAGCUACAUGGACGCCACGGUGCUCGCAAGGAAAUACCCGGCGUGCGCGUCGCUUGACGCCUGGGUCUUGGUCAAGGCGGACAUGGGCGCGAGAUCACCCGAGCAGAUCAGCGCCGCCUUGAGCGUCAGCUUCGGGAUGGCCCUCUGGAUGGCGUUUAUCGUCCAUGCUGUCGGUGUCAAGUUUUAUCUUCAACUCACCCCUGGCGAGACGAAGCGUCUUCGAGAACUCUCGCUGCGGCGAGUAGACUGCAGCGAUUAG